GGGCGGCCGCCGGUUGGUGACCGCGGGUGUCAGUCAGGGCGCCCGGGCCCGGUUGUCAUGCGGAAGAGCGCGGUGCUCGCCUUUGUUGUGCCCCGGUGAGGCGCGGGGCCCGCGGCGCUCGGCGCCUGCAGGUUUUGCUGGAUACUCAGAAACAUUAUUAGAAAACAAUGUCACUUGACUUUGACAGUGGGGCCCUACAAACUCAACAUGAAGAUGAAGACUAUGACCAAGAGGACUAUGCAAGAGAACAAGAGUUGCAACAACUGUUGACAGACCUUCCCCAUGAUAUGCUGGAGGACAGUGGAGACCAGCUAUCCACCUAUUCAGACAGUAGCAUUCAUGAGACUGAGGAGCAAUCACAUGAGCCAGGAAAGCAUGAUGGAAGGUGGAAUGACCAUCCACUGAUAACUGAUCCUCAAAAUGGUUAUGAACAAGGACAAAGUCUGUAUCCUGAGCAAUUCUUAUGUGACCAGCAAAACAAUCAUGUUGAAAAACAUGUAAAGCAUUGGACUGGCCUACAGAAUGAGGAAGAAAAGAAACAUUUAUAUGAUAAGGAAGAUUACUGUGUCACAAAUGGUCAAGAGGAUCCUGAGGAUGUGUUUCUCAGUAGAGAUAAGUUCAGUGCUCCAGGUUGCUACCAACAGAAUAAUGUGUAUCAUUUUCCUGAAAACUUCAGGCCAUAUACAAAUGGCCAUAAACCAGAAUUUAAUAAUCAGCCAAGUAAAAUAAUAAAUUUUCCAGAUGCUUCAAAGGAACAUCUCCAGCAAUAUGUUGCAUCUGACAUUGUCAAAUCUCCAGAAUCCUACAAAGUGACUUUUAAACCAUACCAAAAUGAUGUUCAUCAAAAAAAUCCAGAAGCAACCAGAAUAAAUGAAGUGUUUGAGGAUUUGCAACAUGAAUUCUUGGGCAAUGAUGAAAAUUCAGAAAAUAUGCAGAUUCUUCAACUUCAAGUUUUAAAUAAAGCAAGAGAGAGACAACUGGAAGAACUUACUGAAAAGCUAGAAAAGAGUGCACAGCAGAUUAGGUAUUUGAAUCAUCAACUUUCAAUGGUCCAAGAUGAAAAGGAUGGUUUGGCUGUUAGUCUUCGUGAGUCUCAAAAACUCUAUCAGAGUGGAAAGGAACGGGAAAUGCAUCUUGAAGGUCAAAUAAAGGCCCUUGAAACUCAAAUUCAGACUCUCACUACCAAUGAGGAACAGAUAUUGAAGCAAUCCAAAGUGGCAGAGGUAGCCAUGGAAAGCAUGCAGAAGCAGCUGUUAGAACUUCAGCGAUCAGAUGCUCUUCAGAGGGCCCGAGACCAACACGAGGCCAUUAUUUCAGCACUCAAGCAGAAGUAUGAAAAUCAAAUAUUAGCAUUAGAGCAAAAACUUGAUACUACAAAUUCUGCACUUCGAGAGGAGAGAGAGCUUUGUAAAAAUCUAGGAGAGCAUGUAAAGCAACUUGAGAAAAUGCUGGAAGAAACCAAAUGCGAAAAAACUGAAAUAAUAAAUCGGUUGACCAGAAGCCUUGAAGAAAGCCAAAAGCAAUGUGCAAAUUUACUGCAAACAGGCUCGAUGCAGGAGACGAAUCAGUUACGGUUUCAAUUGCAACAAUCUCAGUCUGCACACAUGAUAAGCAACAACAUGAACAAGGCUUUGCAGGAAGAGUUAAUGGAACUAAAGGAAGAAAUAGCUUUGUAUGAAUCUGCAGCCAAGCUUGGAGUAUUUCUGAAUGAUGCAAAUGGAGAGCUGCUAGAUGAUUCCUAUGUAGAUUUGGGAAUUAGAAAAAUCACUGGGAAGAAACCAAGAUUCUGCAGUGCAAUACAGAAAAGAGAUAUGGAUAAAGAGCUCUCUAAAGAUGAAAUUAUUGUAGAAUUAAAAGCUGAGAUGGAACGUUUAUUGAGCAGUAAUAAAAUGAAGAGAAAACAGGUUAAUCAAUUACAAAAUGAUCUUAAAGAUUGCCAGAAGACAUUAGAGGAAUACAAGCAGUCGCUGAAAGCCGAAAAAGCAUCGAAAGAGUUAGAGACUGUCACAACUCUGAAUGAUACUUUGGCCAGUCCUUCAGUUUCUGAUAAUCUUAAAGAAGAAGUUCUAAAACUCAGAAAGGCUAAUGAAACUUUGCAGCAGGAAGUUGAGAACCAUACUUUGACUAUUGAAAAACUGAAGGAAAAUGAAGAAAAACUGACAAACUUAAACCAAGAUCUUUGUUGUCAGAUGAGAAAGAUGGUUCAGGAUUUUGAUCAGGAUAAACUAGAAGCCAUUGACAGGUGUGAAAGAACUUAUCAGCAACAUCAUGAGGAUAUGAAAGCACACUUUGAGAGAGACCUGAUGGAGAGAUAUGCUGCAGAAAAAGCACAGGUCAUUCAAACAUAUGAAGAGACCAUCUCGCAAUUCAAGGCUGAUAUAGAGGAGCUGAACAGAGAGAUGACUGCAGUGAAGGAAUGUUACAUCAGAGUCUGUGGGGAGAAAGACAUCUUGGAAACUACUUUAAGGCAGAAAUUUGAACAAGAACAGCAGCUGAAGGAAGAGAAGCUCAAGAGACAGAUAGUGAAAGAAAAAGAGGAUGCUCUCAACCUUCUGAAGAUUGAGCUUGAAGAGAAAUACAGAAGCUCUCUGACAGCAGCAAAGAUGCAGUGGCUGGAAGAAAAAGAGCAGCAGGUUGAAGAGAAAGUUGCAUUAGCCAGAGUUCACUGGGAGAAGGAAGAAAAAGAGAAUAAAACAAAAAUAGAAAGAGAAUGGCAAACUAGGCUGGAAGAAGUGAGAAGAACUGUAGUUGAAUGUAAUGACUGCAGCAGCCAAACUGACCAAGUAACAGUUGUGGAUGGAGCUUCAACUGAAGAGUUAGAAGGGAUUGUUGAAGACCAGAGGCUGCAGAUCCAGAAGGCUCUGAAAGAAAAUAUGGUCUCUGCAGAGGCCUUAAAAGAAUUAGAAAUAGAACUGGAAAAUAAAUACCAUAAAAAUCUUGCCAGCCAGGUAGAUGCAGCUUUAACUGAAGCUCAUGCCAGAUGGCUGCAAGAAUUAACAGACCUCAAAGAGUACAAAAUAAAUCUAAAGCUAGAACAAGAAAAAUGGGAGAAAGAACACCAAGAGUCUGCAGCAAAACAGUUAGCCCUAGUUCUCUCAGCUGCUGAAGAGAAAUGGAAGAAAGAAUAUGAAAAUACAGAGAAAUCUGGGCCAAGAAUAAAAGAACUGGAAGAAAAGGUAAUUUCUCUCAAGAAGGAGUUGGAGCUAAAGAAAGAAGAAAUCCCUGCAGCUGUCAAAGCAGAACUAGCAAAAGCCCGUGCUCAGUGGAACAAAGAGAAGCAAGAAGAGAUCCUGCAGAUACAAGAGCAGAAUGAGAGAGAUUACCGCUCAUUCUUAGAUGAUCAUAGGAACAGAAUUAAAGAGGUACUUGCAACAGCAAAGGAGGAUCUUGCAAAGCAGAAGAAUGAAAUCUCGAUACAGAAGGAGGCAGAAAUGAAAAUGUUACUAGAACAAAAGCGGCGAGAAUGGGAGGCUCAGGAAUCAAAGAGACUGCAGGAGAAAAUUAAUCAGUAUGAGGAGAAGACUAAGGUUGAGCUUGAAUACUUGUUAAGUGAAAUCCAUGAUGAACUAGUCAAGUGCACACUUAAUAAGCAUUCUUGGAGGGAUAAGUGUUUGGAUGCUCAUGUUCAAUUUAGCCAUCAGUGCAAAGACAAGCUGAAGGCUUGCUUUCAGAAGGCCUACAGAACCACAGUUUACACAAUUCUGGAAAAGGAAGAGCAAAAGUGGAAAAAGAAAUAUGAAGAGCUACUGAAUAAUGUAAACAAAGCAGAGUGCUCUCAUCAGCCAUGUGGCAGAGAAUCUGGGGACAUGACAAGACCUAUGUACAACACUGAACACACAGCAGAAGCACAAAGAAAGCCAAGAAGACAGCAACCCUUGCAGGAAACCAGAACAGACAAAGGUCAGAAAUGUACAAAAAGGAAACUUGAGUCUCAGGAAGUUUUUUGCUGUGAACACAGCUACCAGGAGUUUGAAAAUAGAGAAACUGUGAGCCAGGAGUUGAAAAAAGAGCUGCAGAUAGCCCACAAGUAUCUUCAGUUUGCUGUGAAAGAGCAUAAAGCUAAGUCAGAGCAAAUCCAAGAAAACAAGAAGGUCCUAGAAGUUCUAAUUGCAGAAAACUCUGAGAUGAAGGCUAAACUGAGAAACCUGGAAUCACUACCAAGGUCACUGUCAAAGGGAGAUGUCUUGAAACCUUGUACAUCUUGUGACUCUGUGAGAGGUCUGGAAGAAUUACGUGCUCAGUACAUUAAAGCUGUGAACAAGAUUAAAUGUGAUAUGCUUUGUUACAUCCGUGAGAGUAAGGAGCGAGCUGCUGAAAUGAUUAAAGUGGAGGUUUUGAGAGAGCGUCAAGAGACUGCACGGAAAAUGCGCAAAUACUACUUGACAUGUCUGCAACAACUUCUUACUGAUAAUGGGAAGCCUGAAGGAGCUGAAAAAAAAAUAAUGAAUGCUGCCAGUAAGCUUGCUACAAUGGCUAAAGGGCUUGAAACACCUCUUCGACACGUUCACACAGGCAGAUCUACCCACUCAGCUCUGCUAUUAGAUUCAGAUCUACCACCUGGAUCUGAGUACUCAAAAAGAGAUCACAUGCUUCAGACUAGAUCAAACCAUAUGGAAAGCAAAUCAUGUGGUAGAAGAAUUGCUGAAAAAGCUAAGGAUAAAAUUAUUCAGAAGCGUGUACCGUGUGACUUGAGGCAGCAGUUUGAUGCAAUGCAGACUGAAACUCAACUUAUGCUACAUGAAACAGUGACUUCAAAUAUUCAGAAUGGGAGUAAUUCUAAAAAUCUGGAUGGUGCUUCAAGGGAGACUCUGCCAGAGGUUUGUCUAAAGGAAGAUGGAAGAAAAGAAAAAUACGGCCGCACUGUAAAUAUAGACAAAGGACUCUUGUGUGCUGCUAGUGAUACAGUACAUCAGAAUACUACUCCAUCUCUUUUUCAAGUAACACCAGAAAAUAAGCAUACACCCAUCUUUACAAAUGCCCAUACCACGCCUGGGUCAACUCCUCAUAUUCUUAAGAGCAAGCAAGAAAGAAUAGGCUUGAAAGAUGAUACAUACAUUCAAUCAGAUGGGAAAUGGAAAUCUAGAUCUAAAAGAAGUCAGGAAUUUGGUGGUCAAGAAACUCCAGAAAGGGAUGAAGAAAGCUGCAGUGAAUGGAGUUCUGUGACUGGAAGCCUGGAUCUGGAUCACAGUGAUAGGCUACUCUUGUAUCCUGAACAAAAAGCCAAUACUCAUGUCCAAGCACAGACCCCAUACUAUGAAGAGUUUCCUCAUGUCAGGUCAUGUUCCCCUGCAGAUGAAAAUGUUGAUUCUUGGAGAGACCUCACUAAUGGCAAUGGCAAGAUUCACAGUACAGAAAGCAACACUAAAGUUUACAGUAGAGGCCACCUGGUAACAAACCCAGAGCAUAUUUAAUUCCUCAGCUCUGCCAAAUCAAAUUCUGCUGUCUCACAGCUCAAGGUAUUGCCAGAUUUGAGUGUAGGAAGAUGGUGCAACAAAAGCUUGGAAGAAGAUAGUGUGAGAUUCCCAGUCUCUUCAGCAAGAUAGUGGUUUUGGUAGGCCACUUCCCAACUUGAACUGGUAUCAGCUAUUCCUCAUUUGAAGGAAAAAACCAUGACUUGAUAUUUAAAUAAAAGUAUGA